GGUUGGUAGGUACGACCAUCAUCUUCAAGAACUUAAUCCACAAAACCAGGACUCAGCAAGCAACAACAUCGAAUCUUAAAAACGUCACCGGAGUUAUCGAACGACCCAUCGUAUUCCAUCCUUCGCACCUCUUAUUCGCGACACCUCCUUAUCAAACACCUAUCUGCACGAACAUCAAACCAACAAUGGCCGCUCCCACAGAAGCCCAGAUUGCCCAUCAAGAGCUGAUCGACAAGCUUGAUAUCCAUUCCAUCCAUAAGAGCUUCCGCAACCCUCACUGGCGACCAAACCAGCGACGCAACAAGAACAUCAAGACCAUCAUAGGUGAUGCCUCGCGCAAGGAAGCCUCUGUGAUCGUCACGCCCCAAGACAACAGCGGCACCGUCACUCCCGCACAGGGAGAUGGUGACGGCCUUUCUACCAGCGGUUCUUCGACGCCCGCUCAGCAGGCGGCUGGUGGCAACAACUCGAACCUGCAACCGAACCUCGCUCAAGCUUCGCGGAGUUUAUCGAAACUUGUACUAGAGAAGAGCCUACGACCUAAUGGCGCUGGUGGUGCACCCGUCUCGGCCGCGCCGAGCGCGACUUACACAAACAUUGAAUCAGCCCCUUCGCUCGCGCACACGAAACGAUACUGCGAUAUCACCGGUCUUCCUGCCCCUUACCUCGACCCAAAGAGCCGAUUACGGUAUCACAGCAAGGAGGUGUUCGGCUUCAUUCGCACUCUGCCUCAGAGCGCAGCGGAGCAGUAUCUAGAAGCAAGAGGCGCACAUACAAUUCUGAAAUGAAAGGGAAUAGUCAAUAUGAGAGGUGUACGAGACAUUCUACUAAACAGUGCAGCAAUGGUGUCACUUUGGCUUUUCUAUAUCUAUUCUGGCCAUUGAUGCAUCCGAACGGCCGGCUUCUUACAUG